GCAAGGGGUGGUGUCGACGCCGUCGUCGGUUAUGAAUCCUACCCCGCCGCCGCAGCCCCGCCGUACUUUGUCCUCCUGCGACCAACACCCAGGAAACCGCCGUUGUCCGCCGCCGUUCUCAGGGCCAUCUUCAACAAGCCCUCCUCCUCGGGAACCGCCGCGGGUGUUGGUAACAGUCGGUGGGUCAGACCCGGGUUGUUCCCGGAGCUCCGGAGGACGAAGUCGUUCUCGGCGACGAAGAACGAAGGGUUUUCGGCUGCAUUCGAGCCGCAGAGGAGAUCCUGCGACGUUAGGGUUCGUAAUACUCUCCCGUCACUCUGCAACGAGGACAACGGACGUAAUUCUCAGACGAAAUCGGGAGAGACCAGUGGUUGCACCGACGGCGCCGGCUCCAGUGGCGAGGUUGAGGCCGAACGCGGAAAUUCCAGCGUGAGAUCGCUGGUUUUUGACGAAAAAACAGAGAGUGGAGCUGAGCACGAAGAACAGGAUGAUUAUUGUGGGAAUCUGAACGAACCCAGAGAUUCAAUCAAAAUUCUCGGAGGAGAGGAGGAACAAGCGGGUAAAGCUCGAGAAGGGAAAACGAAGCAGGUGAAGGAGCAUAUGGAGUUCAAUUCGGAGAAGAAGAAGCCAAAUAGGGAGUUCAAGGAAAUCACGGGAACUUUUUGGUCCGCCGCGUCGGUCUUCGGCAAGAAAUUGCAGAAAUGGAGGCAAAAGCAGAAGCUCAAAAAGGACAGUAAUGGACGCCGCGGAGGAUCGGCGGCGCUGUCGGUAGAGAAACCCAUCGGGAAACAGCUCAGAGAUACUCAGUCGGAAAUCUCUGAUCACGGGUACGGUCGGAGAUCCUGCGACACGGAUCCACGGUUCUCUCUCGACGCUCGGAGAAUCUCCGUCGACGCAGGUAGAGUUUCGGUGGACGACCAUCGCUACUCGUUUGACGAGCCACGCGCGUCAUGGGACGGAUACCUGAUCGGGAGAGUCACCGCUCCGCCGCGGAUGCCGUCCAUGUUAUCCGUCGUAGAGGAUUCUCCGGUACGCAAUCACGUCAUCCGACCAGAUGCUCAGAUCCCGGCGGAAGAGCCGCCGGAGAUGGACGAAAAUGCCCCUGGUGGGACUGCACAGACACAGGAGUACUACUCGGUCUCAUCCUCCAUGCGGCGGAAGAGCAUCGACCGAUCAAGCUCCAUCAGGAAGACGGUCGUGCCAGAAGUCGACGAAGUUAAACCAAUCUCAAACGCAAAGGUCUCACCUUUCCAAGACAGAGAGCUGAAAGGCUUGUACUCACGUUCACUUUCACAUCCCCAUUCCCAUUCGCAGUCGAAUUCUUUGAUAGACGAUUGUUCAGCCGAGAACUUUGAUGAAAAUGCGGACGACACGAAGGCGGGAAGGAGAUCUAGGCGAUGGAGAUGGAACAUAUUUGGGAUAAUCCACAGGAAGAACGAGAAAAAACACAAAGAGGAAGAAGAAGAAGGGGAGCAAUUCGGCAGCAGGGGAAGAAGAACUCUGACGGAAAGAACGUUAUCGGGGUCGUGGAACGUGGAGACGAGAAAAGGGUUUGAUCCGAGGAUGAUGAGGAGCAAUAGUAGUGUGAGUUGGAGAAAUUCUGAAAACAUCGCUAGAGGCGGAGGAGGAAGAGGAUGGUUCGGCCGGAGCAAUGUGGAUGGUUACAUCAACGGCAAGAUUGCUACAAGUGGCAUGAAGUUGCAGUGAGAAAUUCUCAAAGAUUCAAUCUUUUGCUGAUAGAUUAUGAAUUGAUACGAUAUGAUCUUCAAGAUUCAAUCUUUUGGUUGAUGAUUCGAUCUUGGGGGGGUUUGUCUUGUUCCGCUGUGUUCAUUCUUGUUCUUAUUGAUGUUUGAGCUCUUCGGUGAAUGUCUUUUGUCUCCAUUUUCUCAAGAUUUUGAUAAUAUCGGAUUCUAUGAUUGAUCAGAUCA